AUGUCAACUGUCAAAGCACCUUAUAAACAUCUGAGGAGAACAUUCUACGAGAUGCACACUAGAGCGGAAGUCCCAUGCAUGCUUUUCUUUAUACCUUUUUCCAUUAUGGCCGAAAAUGAAAAGUCAGAUGGCUCAUCUGGUGAGGAGAUGGACACGGAAACAAGUUCAAUGGAGGCGGCUGCUUUGGCUCGAAAAAAACGACUACUGGAGAUGAAGUCUCGCAUGCAUGGAGUGGAAAUGAAAGAAGAAGACUACGAAGAGGAAGAGCAGGCCACUAAGAAAAGUAAAUCAGAGGAGAAGCUAUUCAGGAGCUACCAACCUAUCUCAAAUGCGUUAGGGAAGGUGGAACAGCCUAGACCAAAGCUCGAUAUUGUAGAAGAAGUUAUUGCCUCUCACCUAGAAGACACAAAGAAUACGAAGGCUGUUGAAACUGUUGAUUUAUCAACGUUGGCCCCAAAGAAGAUUGAUUGGGAUUUGAAAAGAGACAUUGAGGCGAGACUUCAGAAACUUGAACGAAGGACUCAGAAAUGUAUUGCCGAGUUGAUUAGGCAACGACUAGCAGAAGGGAAAGGAUUCUUUCACUUUCCCAACUUGAUGUGUGAUACUAAAUCCUGCUGA